AGUGAGAGAGCGAUCUGUCAUCAAAGAUAGCCUGUUUCUGUCAAUGUCAACUACUUUUGUUUAAAACUGUCUUCGUCAAUUUUCGGCAAGGCGCGAAUGUUACUUAAUUCAUAAAAAUAUACAAUAGGCCUAUUAAAUACUUCUUCAUUAAGUCAAGUCCAACAUUAAAAGACAAUUUAAGGCCUAGUUUAGUUUUUAGGUCCUAUGUUGAAAUGGCCUUUUUUGUGGACAUUUCCAAGUCCCAAGAAUAUAUUAGUUUUAGAAGUAGUAUCCCUUUAAAAAAAAUUGUAGUGGAUACAAGCAGCAGGGGUUGGAUAAUCUAUGAUUCUGGACCCAAGACUGUGAAAACUCCCCUGGUCUGUCUCCCACCUGCUAGCGGAACAGCUGAUGUUUACUUUAAACAAAUCUUAGCCCUAAGUGCCAAAGGGUAUAGAGUUAUUUCUGCAGAACAUCCUGUAUAUUGGACAGUAAAGGAAUGGUGUGAAGGAUUCAAGAAGCUUAUAGACCACUUGGAACUGGACAAGAUCCAUCUGUUUGGAGCGUCUUUGGGUGGGUUUCUGGCCCAGAAGUUUGCCGAGUACACUGCUAACCACCCGAGAGUUGCCUCCCUUGUGUUGUGUAACGCGUUUGUCGACACUUCCGUCUUCACAUACAACGAGUCUGCAGCUGUAUUUUGGAUGUUGCCUUCUCUGCUUCUAAAAAAGAUGGUGAUGGGAAACUUCACCGCUGAACACGCUGAUCCUCGGAUAAUAGAAUCCGUCGACUUCAUGGUAGAACGGUUGGACAGCCUGUCUCAGCAAGACCUGGCCAGCCGGUUGACGCUUAACUGUGUCACUUCGUAUGUGGAGCCGCACAAACUGAGGUACAUCGAGCAUGUCACCAUCAUCGAUGUGUUUGACGAGUACGCACUCUCCAGCCCUGUUCGGGAAGAAAUUUACAAGUUUUACCCCAACGCCAAACUUGCCCAUUUGAAAACUGGCGGAAACUUUCCGUAUUUGAGUCGAAGCGAUGAAAUCAACCUCCAUCUCCAGAUUCACCUCAGGAGGUUCGAAGGCACUCCUCUCACUGCCAGGGAGAUUGAUCAGAAACAAAUCGGAGCAUUAGACGCGACGGACUGAUAGCUACGCAAGCCACUCGUUGCCUUUUCUCAUUGUGAUCUUUCGUCGUGAUGCUGCAGUCGAUGCCUUUCUUUGGUAAACACGUUGUAUUGUUAAAUAGUCAAACUAUUUUUAUAGCAGAUUUAUUAUAGCUGUAUUUUACUCGCUACGAGGUGCUGUAACUCUCUAGUCGUCACAAUCGACAGAUAUUUAACCCUCGGGUUUGCAAAGAUUUGUGGUUUUUUGUUCUGUUGGAAAUCGGUUAACAGUGGUUUCCUGUGCUGGAUUUUCAGAGCUAGUGAAAAUGGUAAAUAUUGUCUUGUAUUGUUACUGUAUCUAGGAUUUUUUGUGUGAAAAACAUGUUAUUUUUUAUAUGUUGGAAAUAUAUAUUUAGGCUAUUUGGGGCAAAGUAUGAUCUCUAAGAGGUAAUGUUGAGGGGUAAUUAUAUUUUAGGAUUCGUUUUAACAUCUUUUGCUGUUCAAUUCAAUCUGGUUGGCCUACAUACAAGAAAUAAUUUCAAUUUAAUGUUAGUAGAAUAACUGUAAAAUAGGUAGGUAACCAUAUAUUUUGUGUCAACAAAAUGAAAUAGGCCUACUUUAAUUGGUUGUUUCAACGAAGAGCAUUUUGUUAAGCAAUUACACAGUGGAGUCCAAAAUUAUCUGAAUAAAAAAUUGUUGUUCAAGCCUAACCAUUCUUGAAAUAAGCAUUAUUAUGAAAACAUGAUGUUUUUACAAGCUCAUUAUGUAUUGUUGGUCUACGUUUUUUCUUCUAUAUAUCUGAUUUCCUUAACCCUCCAAGUGUUAUGUGUCGUAAAAGCGACUCAUAACACACUUUGUGUAGUGUUUUGUGUCGCUUUUGCCACUCACAAACACUGUUUACGGCAAAGACUGAAAGUAUGAAAUUUACACAGCCGAAAGCUAAGAGACACAUUUCCUAAAUUAGAUUACUCAUUAGAAUCUUUAAGCCCCUGAAUAAAUUAGAGACACCCAUCAUUGAAAAUUUAUGCGUGAGUAAUUUCACACAAUUGGGUAUGAUAUAGUUGGGUUGCUGGUAAUGGCAAUAUUACUUAUAAUAGUUAUUACUUAUAAUAUAAAAGUAAAUGGCUCUAUGACUGACUAAAUCGGAUUAAACUGGAUAGAGUUAGGUAUCGUUUUUUUUCUAAGCUUUCUCCCGAGUUCUGUCUCUAAGCGCUUUUUUUUCUCGAGCCGAUCAUAAUUGUUGUAGCAGACAG